GAGACUAUGCAGAAGUCGCGACAAUAAACACCAAGGGUUGACGGUUCGUUCCAGGAUUUACAGCCAGCGUUGCAGCUGACAUGGUCUGCUGGCAAGCUACACACCCGCUCAUCGCCUGUGGUCAGACAACGUCCAUCAAAACCUUGCGCAGCCCGUGUGAAGGAGAUUCGCACAAUUGUCAUGCCUGGUCCUUCUAUCGAUACAACAACGGCGACAAGCUUUGCAAUCUACACUUCUCUUUAGUCCACAUUGUUCUAGAGCUGCGGGUCCGUUACCCCAAGGUAGAUAUAUUCUAUCAUUUGAUUCGAGGAACAGCACAUGUGCGUGGGCCGCCGCGCUAUCGUGCUGACUAUCCCUCGCUCAGGGCUGAUUUGCCGAUCUUCCACUGCGUCGGACGCGGACAACGGGUUUACGGCUGACAUCAGAAGAACGGCGGACUCUUACGCAUAUAUAAAGGAGCCUCCGUGCUCCCAAGCUGGCGCAAACCUCAAGUCGCACAGAUUUCGAUACUAUGUCCCAGGUCGACAGUCAACCCAAAUUCCGUGUCGCCAUCAUCGGCGGAGGCAUGGGAGGCCUCGUCCUCGGAUUAUGCCUCAAGAAAUACGCGCCAGAUGUAGACUACGACAUCUAUGAGUCUGCGGCAGAACUCACAGAGGUUGGGGCAGGCGUCGGGAUGUCCCCCCGUAUCUGGACCAUCAUGCAGGAACUUGGGCUGGAAGACGAGCUCCUUACGAUUACCGGCGUACAAGGCCAAGGUGGUGGUGCCAUUCUACGAUUGGUCAAGGGCGACGAACAAGAACUCAUCGACAUCACUCAGCAAAACCAGCUUCACACCUUUCACCGAUCCAUGCUGCAACAGCUUCUGGCCAAGCAUCUCGACGCGGGCGACAAGAUCCACUUUUCCAAACGCCUCGUCUCAUAUUCGGAGCCGUCAUCAACGGUCGACCCCAUCGUGCUGAACUUCAAGGACGGGACAACAGCGACGUGCGAUCUGGUCAUCGGCAGCGACGGCGUCCGUUCGGCCGUUCGGCGGACCAUGUUCAGUACUUUCGCGGACGAAGCGGAGAAGAACGGAAAAACAGAGGAAGCCUCGAAGCUACGCGCCAUGGUGGAGCCAGUCUGGACUGGUGAGGUCGCGUAUCGGGGGUUGACACCGGCGAGUGCGCUCUCAGAGGACCUCGUGAAAUUCACGUCUUCGCUUCAAAUCUUUGUCGGAAAGAACAGGGACGCGGUCAUAUACCCUGUAUCCGGUGGGAAGAUCAUCAAUGUCCUCGGCGUUGUCUACACACCUGGGUCAGGCACUGUGUAUGAUGGGCCGUGGGUCGAAACUUCCACCUCGGACGAAGUUGGGAAGCUCUUCGAUGGGUGGGAGCCAAAGGUUUUGGCUGUCCUCAAAUCGGUGGGACAUCCACUAUGCUGGGCAAUGCACACAACGCGGAAGCUGCCUACCUAUGUCAAGGGGAGGGCAGCGCUCAUAGGCGAUGCUGCACAUGCCAUGCUCCCUCAUCAGGGCGCUGGUGUAGGACAGGCGUUUGAGGAUGGAUACAUUCUCGCCACCAUUCUCUCUCAUUCGUCCGUCAAGUUGAGCAACGCUGCAGAGGCUCUGAAGAUCUACGACGACGUCCGCAGACCCUUCUCGCAGAAAGUUCAACAAGGCUCGGAGGACAACGCGAAGAGGUACCAGCUGAGAACGGAUGAUUGGGAGGACGUGACAUUGGAAGACAGCAAGGCGGGUCAAUAUGACCACGCGAAGCUGGACGUGCUUGCGAAGGAAUUCAUGCAUCAAAUGCAAUGGUCGUUUGACUCUAGUAUCCUCGGGGAUCGUGAUCAAGUCGAAGAAAAACUUCGGGUACUAUCUGUAUGAUGUAUCUUUUCUCCCGCUGUCCAACUUGUUAAGGACAUCGUCCAUCUGUUUGCUUUCCUUUCUCUAUUACCUUCAGCGAUCAGAACCAAACGUACUGUAGGGCUAUUACAGUUGUAGAGAUAAGUACAACGAACUCCAUGGUACCAGCUCAGGUUCUUGUGGGCAUGACCACCGCUAGCGUAGUUCUUGCCAUGGAUGUAAAUCUGGGUCCAUCUGUCUCUGGUCAU